AUGACACGAGUUAAACCCACCUCCUCUCCUGAAAAAUCCUAUCCCAUUGAAGAGCAAAAUCAAUUAUUGGAAAGUACUAGUCAAUCAAGUUUUGAAAAGGACGAAUCCAAACCUUCCUUCUUUUCCUCAAUCAAAUUUCUUUUGAUGCUCAUGAUUUCCUUAUUGGUGUUGAUUUCUGUUAUUGUCUUGUCAGUUAUUUGGAUAAGUACAUUUAGUUCUUCAAUUGCAGAGCAAAGUACAAAAGUGAGGGAGGAAGAUUUCUCAAAAAUUGUUUCGUUCAUUGAGAGAACACUUCAGGAUGUGUUACUUGUUGUGGAAUCUGUCAAAGCUCAACUUUACAAUGACUUUAAUUAUCUGGAUCCCAUUUCUCUAGAGAGACACACCUAUAAAACGUUCAAGGUUGUAAAGAACUAUCUCAGGCAAGUGGUUCUAGCUGUAUAUAUUGGUUAUCCAGAUGGUUCUAAUUAUGGAAUGGUCAAUUUGGGUGAUUCAGCUCAAUACUUUAAUACUACACUUGGUUUGGAUCAAUAUUUUUGGGAAUGUAGAGAUAUUGCUUCAAAUGAGUAUUGCAAUAGAACUGUUGAGCCGAAUGUUGUGAUUCCACCAUUCACCUCAAACUAUGUAGCUCAGUUUGCUUCGACUAAUCCUGGCAAUCCAGUUGUCACACUGUCAUAUGCCGAUCCAACAAUGCCACAAUUCGUCUUUUUGACUACAGUUUCGAGUUUUACAAAUGUUGGAACAAUCAAACCAGGAGAUAAUUUCUCAUUCCAUUUUGCUUUUGAUAUGAGUGUUGCAACAGUUUCGAAUUUUUUGAUUGAGAUUACAAAAUCAGUGAGAGGAUCUACUGCUUUUGUAAUUGAAAAAAAGACAGAUUUCAUUAUUGCAAGUGAUGAUCCAGAUGCUGUUGUGGCCACCUGGGAUAAUCAGGGAGUAAUUCAUCGAAAGACAGCUCUAGAUUUUGGUGGUGACAUUUCAGUGACGGGUAACAUUAUUUACAAUAGAUUUAAAACGUUUAAUGAAAUUGCAUGUAAUACCAAGCAGGAUUUAACUACACUCAUUGAUUUCAUAUCCAUUCAAAGAUUGUGUACAAAUGAAGGUAUUGAUUGGCCAUUCAAUAACCUCAUACAAGCAUUUGAGAUGGUUUCGAAUAUGGAACUUGAAAAUCUACACCUUUACAAGACUCGAUUCUCUGAGGUUAAAUCCCUUCAAACUCACUUUAAGAGUAUGAUUGGAAGAAUUAAGCUCUACAGAAGAUUCAUUCCACCUCACUUGUUAAUGCAAUUGGAUGGAAAUUCUCAAAAAGAAAGUACUCAAGAAUCGAAUAAUGAAAAUCAUGAAAGUUCCACAGCUGUGUCCAACUCCAAGCGUGAAGAAUCCAUGUACAGUAAAUCUAGUCGCUCUCACAGCGAUCUUCGUCAAUCUGGAAAGUUUGGAAAACAGCCAACAGGGAAUAUGUUUUCUCUCUAUUUGGAGAAAAGGAAAGUUACUUUUGUGAAUACUUACAUGCAAGGGUUGAAUCAAUGGUUGCUCAGCAUCAAUCCCAAUGAAUGUGUUAAUAUUUUGAGUGAUAUUUUCGAAAGUGUUGGCCAGAUAGCAAGAGCAAAUAAUGGGCAAAUUGGUAAAUUCGAAAAUGAAACACUUAGCAUUCAUUUUAAUGCAACUAAUGAUCAAUCAAAUCACCAGUUGAAAGGUGUUCAAAUGAGCUCAAUUGUUCUUGCCAAGUUAAAUUCUAUUAAGGAAGGAAAGUUGUCGAAAAAUUCAAUUUUGAAAUCACAUCAAGCUCUAUUGAAUGAUUUCAAGUUUAGAAUAGUUGCACAUUGUCAGAGUAAUUUGUGUGGAAAUGUUGGAUCCAAGCAAGUGAUGAACUUUUCUGUUCUGGGAAGUCAUCAGUACAAUACUGAAGUGAUGAUUGAGAUCGCCAACCGUUUCGAUUUGGAUAUUGUCAUUUCAGAAGAAUUAUUCGAAAAGAAUAACAAUCAAUUCCAAGCAAGAUAUGUCGACACUAAGGAUAUGAUUGAGGAUGACUAUUAUUCAUCACCUCUUUUGGCCUCAACACAGCAAGUUGCCUAUCACGCAAGAAAAAUAUACGAAUUGGGAGAAAGUAAUGAUGUUACAGCAGAUGAAUGGAUGUAUGAAUUGGAAGCCAAAGAAAAGAAAAAUCGUUGGUUAAAGUAUCAUCAAGCUUGUGAGCUAUUCUUUGCCUCUCAAUACCCACAAGCAGUUCAGGUAUUGGAAGAGUACCUGACUGAAAAAAAGACAAGUGAUUCUGUUGCAGAGAGCUUUUUAGAUCGUAUUAAACAUUUGUUAUAA